AUGAUUGGCACGUCCUUCCCAGAGUAUUUCUUCAUCCGGACAUGCAUCUUCCUGCUGCAGUACACGACUCCGCUGUGCCUCCUAGCUCUCGCCAUCGUGGUCGCGGUUGGAGGCGGCCCAGCAGCGCUGUCGCUGCCCAUCAGCAUAGUCCUGAUUGCCUACUGUGCCAUCGACCUGCUGUAUGCGCUGUUCGUCUACUUCCCGUACAACAGGCGGCUCAAGGAGGAAGCGAGGCACCCGCCCCCGUUGCCCCCCGCUGAGCGACGGGCGCUGUUUCUUCGCGUCCUGGACAAUGUCCCCGACGUCCGGCAGUACCUGCGGGUGUGGUUCCUCGGGGCAGACGACUCCGAGACUAGGAGGGAGAACGUGCGAGACUUCAUCCUCUGGGCCUUCUUCGACAGCUGGCCUGGGCAGGAGUCCGCUGAGGAUGAUGCCGACCUGGACGACUACAUAGCCGAGAUCGAGCAGCGCACGGGUCACAGACUGGAACCAGGCAGGGGGGAAGCGAAGAGCCUUCGACUGACAUUAGACGAAGUGGAAACCCGAUAUAGAAGUGUUGUGUGGUAUUUUAUUGUUGGCCUGGUCGACCUUGUCACACACUGCCUGCUGGUGUGGUACGGGUUCGAGCACCACGCCCAGCCGCGGUCCAAGUUCUUCUCUGUCAUACCUCUUCGUCUGCAGGACCUCUUGGCCGGGCGCAAGCGAUCAGUUGCUCCACAGCUAAACUACUGGCACCGGCCGCACACCGCAACUGACAAGCUUCCGGUCGUCUUUCUACACGGGAUCGGCAUCGGACUUUCCACAUAUGUACCGUACCUUUCGAGCCUCAACCCAAGUUCAGACGAGGGCGACCAGAUUGGUAUCAUUGCCCUCGAGAUCCUCCCAAUUUCGUUUCGCCUCACACACUCGCCGUUAAGUCAGCCGGAGUUCCUUAGUCAAAUCACGGCCAUCGUGGAUUCGCAUGGAUGGACCGAGUUCGUUUUGGUAUCCCAUUCGUACGGAAGCGUCUUGGCAACACAUAUGUUGCAGUCGGCAAUCCUCAGCCCACGAAUAGAGUCAAUAGUGCUGAUAGACCCUGUGUCGAUUUUGCUGCAUCUCCCAGGAGUCGCAUACAACUUUACGAGACGCAAGCCGAGGAGAGCCAAUGAGUGGCAGCUGUGGUACUUCGCCAGCAUGGACCCUGGGGUAGCCCAUUGUCUAGGCCGGCAUUUCCACUGGAAAGAAAACAUCGCCUGGAAGGAGGACCUGCUGCAGGUGGUGGGGAAGCCAGCUGCAGAGGAUGGUGUGGAUGGCAGUAUUGGGUCCGCGAGGGGGGAACGGACACGCAAGGUGGCCGUCUCCCUCUCAGAACGAGACCUGAUCGUCGAUACGCCGACCGUAGCCCAGUACCUGGCUGGGGACGACGAGUGGAUGCUCUCCAAUGAUACGCGCUGGCAGGGCGGUGCCCAUCAUGUAGCAGGGCAUGAUGGCGAAUCAGGCAGGGGUCAUUUGACGCGUGAUGGUAUCGAGAUGUUCUGGUUCCCAGGCUUGGACCAUGCACAGGUCUUUGAUGUCAAGGAGAGUCGAAACUUGCUUAGCAGUGUCACGCGUCGCUACUGCGAGGCAUAG